AUGGUUGGCUAUGGACCUGAAGACGAUUUUUUCGUGCUAGAGUUGACAUAUAACUACGAGAAGAACUCUUACGAGCUCGGUAAUGAAUUGGAGGUUAGUAAAAAGGAACAUCAGCUCUAAUC